CUCGGCAACGCACUAGAGCCAGCGAUCGUCGACCCAAGAUAAAGAUGGCGAUGGCAACCCAGCAAAAGCGAUUGCUUGAGCAUCAACUGAUAUUUCGAUGAGCUGCUACGGCGUAUAAUCAAUUCUGCGGCACCAACCUCAAUAAAAAGCCAACAGCCCGACGCAUCCGCUCUCGGUGGAACGGUACACCGGUCGUCGUGCCACCCCAUCACGUCCUCUGUUCACAUCGCCCUGCUGCAGUCCCGCGGCACAUCGUGAGUCCAAAGGUACAAUACAUAGGGGACACCUAGAACAUGGCACAACCACAGAGACUAGCAGGCUAUGCGGGGUACCAGUACUUCCUGGUCACGUCCCCGGCGGCCUUUGUGGCGCACGUCGAGAUCAACCGGCCGGACAAGCUCAACGCUUUUUUCGAGGCCAUGUGGCUCGAGCUGCGCCAGGUAUUCCAGCAGCUGUCAUCAGACCCGGACGUGCGCGCCGUGGUGCUAUCGGGCGCCGGCGACCGCGCGUUCACGGCCGGGCUCGACGUCAAGGCCGCCAACGAGACCGGGCCGCUGUCGUCGACUAAUAAGGGCGCCGGCGCCGCCGCCGACGGAGCGAGGAACGCGGCCAAAUUGCGCCGGCACAUUGCCGAGUUCCAAGAUUGCAUCUCGGCCGUGGAGAGAUGCGAAAAACCCGUCAUCUGCGUACUGCACGGAAUUUCCAUCGGUUUGGCGAUAGACAUCUCCUGCUGCGCCGACAUACGGCUUUGCUCCAAGGACGUGGUGUUUGCUGUCAAGGAGGUCGACAUUGGGCUGGCCGCUGACAUUGGCACCCUAGCGCGGCUCCCCAAGGCGGUCGGCAGCGCGUCGUGGGUCAAGGAUGUGUGCCUGACAGCCCGCAAUUUUGAUGCGGCCGAGGCGCUUUCGGUCGGGUUCGUCAGCAAGGUGCACGAGUCCAAGGCUGCCGCGCUGGCCGCGGCCCUGGAGACGGCCGGCUUCAUCGCCUCCAAAAGCCCUGUAGCUGUGCAAGGGACCAAGGAGCUGCUGAAUCAUAGCCGGGAUCACACAGUUGCUGACAACCUGAGGUAUACCGGUGUCUGGAAUGCCGCCGCUCUGCAGACCAGCGAUGUGCCAGCCGCUCUGAUGUCUGGAAUUCAGAAGAGGAAGCCCACGUUUGAGAAACUUUAAAGUUGCGAGAACUGGAUGUGCUAUGGUGUGAAAGCUCUACGAAGGGUCGGGGAACGGUCGGAGGCUUUGCCACGGGACCGUUGUAUUGUAUAUGUAUGUACAAUAAAAAACCAACGAUGUGCACAAAUCUUCCCCUGCGGUUAUAUGAGAGUUCUGAUCUCUCAAUCGCUGUCGGCUAAGGGCUCCUCGGGCCGGUAUGUUUCCUUUAGACG